AUUUCUUUCUCUUCUCCUGCCACUUUCCAUUUUCAUCCUCAAUCCUUCAAAAUGAUGUCCCUCCGCACUAUCGCUCGCUCCGUGCCUCGCACCAUCUCGUGCUCUGUCGCUGUCUCUUCUCGCUCCGCCAUUACCCGGCCGGUGUCCGCGGUCCCCAAGAAUGCCUUCCAGUCUUCUCUGAAGCAGAUUACGAGACCUUCCUAUGCUGCUUUUUCGACGUCCCGCGCUUUCAAGCAGUCCCCUGCCGAAGGCGAUGUUGAGCUCGUCGCCAAGCUUGAGGAUGAACUGAAGCACGAGAAGGCUUCUGGCCUUGAGGACCUCGAGUCCUCCGUUCAGAACAUCCAGUAUGUUCUUCAGAACAACUCUUGGGAGGUCAAGGACGUCCCUGGUGAGCAGGAGGUUGUCCUGACGAAAAAGUUCGGCAACGAAGAGAUCCGCCUCACCUUCACUGUCGCCGACCUUCAGAACCUCAGUGAGCAGGAGGACUUCGAUGAUGCUGCUCUCGAUGAGAUGGACUUCGGUGGCCACCAGCCCGUCAACCAGGGCCGCUCUGGCAACGUCUCUCAGCACGCUGAGGACCGCGUCGCUCCCGCUGACCGCGAAGGCGAUGAGUUGGACCGCGACCUUGAGCCUAGCUUCCCUGCCCGUGUCAACAUCACCGUUGAGAAGCCCAGCAACGGCGCCCUCCUGAUCCAGACUGUUGCUCAGGACGGCCUGUUCCAGAUCGAGGAGGUCUCCUACUUCAACAAGUCCGACCUGGCCCACGCCCAGACUGCCGAGAAGGACUGGACCAGACAGAGCAUGUACGCUGGUCCUCCCUUCGAGAACCUCGAUGAGGACCUGCAGACCUUCCUCGAGCGCUACCUCGAUGAGAGGGGCAUCAACGCCGAGCUUGCCAACAUGAUCCCCGACUACAUCCAGGUCAAGGAGCAGAAGGAGUACGUUCGCUGGCUCGAGAACGUCAAGAACUUCGUCUCCGCUUAAGCGUGGAUGAUGUUCUUUAAAAAUUAAUACGGUUAUGACAAUCCGUCAUGAAAAUAUCGGAAUCAUGUUUCAAUAAUUCUGCCACUGUUUUAUGCAGUGUGCUCAUGUAUAUUAAUAGUAGAUGCUCAGUUGAACCUCGCAAGGUACCACUGUCAAAAUGAUUGAUACUC